AGGAAGUUGUUUAGACGGUGCCCUAAGGCUUGGUGAGCGAUACCUGUCAGAAAGCUUUUCGUAUUUCUGUUGCGUUGUUUACCACCAAUAUGCUUUGGUGGGCGUAAGGCCGGGGGACAUUUUAAGAAACAUUUUCUUCCCUCGGGUACGGAUCCUGUCGUCGGUGAAGCCAGCUGCAGAGUUAAUGGCUGAGCCAUGAAGGCCCAACUUCAAAUCACUGUGCUGUCGGCCAAACUCAAGGAGAACAAGAAGAACUGGUUCGGCCCGAGUCCGUACGUGGAGGUGGCCGUGGACAGCCAGUCGAAGAAGACGGAGAAAUGCAACAACACGCACAGCCCCAAGUGGAAACAGUCGCUCACAGUAAUUGUCACACCGUUCAGCAAGGUCACGUUUCGGGUAUGGAGUCACCAGACUCUGAAGGCCGACAUCCCGCUGGGAAUGGCCACAUUGGAGAUCAGCGAAACCCUCAAGUCCAAUGAUAUGAAGCUCUCCGAGGUGGUUCUGACCCUCCAGCUGUGUUCGGACCGGGACCAUGGUGAAGUGACUGGGGACCUGUGUAUCUGUCUGGAUGGCCUCCAGGUGGACCCAGAGACCUUCACUUCUGCAGAGCGAGACCAUGUUUCUGUUCCAAACGGGGAUGUGAGACAAAAUGGAGACAGUGGCAACAGGUAUCAUACUAACACCAUUAUCAUGAUUGCAGAUGUCAGCGAUGUGCUCCUUCGGUCCAGCAGGGACACAUCCCCCUCCAGCGACUCAACCGAGGACUGGGUCAUCGUCCCCAAUGGCCAUGCAGUCAACGGCACAGAGUCUCCUGUCCCAUCCCCAGGGGGCUCCAAGUCCACACGUCCCCCCAGGCCAGCCCGGCCUCCUCCACCCACACCACGCAGACCAGCCGCCUCCCCAGCCUCGUCCAGCAGCUCCACCCCAAGCGACUUGAGCGAGCCCCCGGCAUCAGACGGCUCGUCCCUGGCCUCGGCCGGCGGCGGCCCUUCCAACCCGCCUCAGGAGGCCGGAGCAGCGGCGCCCCCACCGCAGGCCGCCGGUGGCCCCCCAGCUAUGGGGGCCCCUGCGGGGGCACCUACAGCCUGCGGCCCCCCCCGGGUCGUCCCCGUCAAUGGUCCACUGCCUCCGGGCUGGGAGCAGAGAGUGGACCAGAAUGGACGCAUAUAUUUUGUGGAUCACAUUGAGAAAAGGACGACGUGGGAACGACCGGAUUCUCUCCCCUCUGGGUGGGAGCGCCGGGUGGACCCCAUGGGCCGGGUGUACUUCGUGGACCACGUCACCCGGACCACCACGUGGCAACGCCCCACCCAGGAGUCGGUGCGGAACUACGAGGAGUGGCAGCACCAGAGGAGCCAGCUCCAGGGCGCCAUGCAACAGUUCAACCAGAGGUUCAUAUUCGGGCUCCAGGAUCAGCAGAUAGCGGCGGCCAACAAAGAGUUCGACCCCCUGGGUCCGCUACCGCACGGAUGGGAGAAACGAACCGACACGAAUGGCCGGGUGUAUUUUGUUCACCACACGACGCGGAUGACACAGUGGGAGGACCCACGGACACAAGGGUUGCUGAAUGACAAGCCGCUGCCGGAAGGCUGGGAAAUGAGGUUCACAGUGGACGGCAUCCCUUACUUUGUGGACCACAACAGGAGAACCACCACCUACAUCGACCCUCGCACUGGGAAAUCCUCCCUUGUGAAUGGGCCCCAGAUCACAUACGUCAGGGACUUCAAAGCCAAAGUGCAGUACUUCAGGUUCUGGUGUCAGCAAUUGUCAAUGCCACAGCACAUCAAGAUCACAGUCACACGCAAAACCCUCUUUGAGGAUUCAUUCCAACAAAUAAUGAGCUUCCAUCCGCAAGAUCUCAGGCGGAGGCUGUGGGUCAUUUUCCCCGGGGAAGAGGGCUUGGACUACGGCGGCGUGGCCAGGGAGUGGUUCUUCCUGCUGUCUCAUGAGGUCCUGAACCCCAUGUACUGUCUGUUUGAGUAUGCCGGGAAGGACAACUACUGCCUGCAGAUCAACCCAGCGUCCUACAUCAACCCUGACCACCUCAAGUACUUCAAGUUCAUUGGACGCUUCAUCGCCAUGGCUUUGUUCCACGGGAAGUUCAUCGACACAGGAUUCUCCCUGCCUUUCUACAAGCGCAUUCUGAACAAGCCUCUGGCCCUUAAGGACCUGGAAUCCAUUGACCCGGAAUUCUACAACUCCCUCAUUUGGAUCAAGGAUAACAACCUGGAGGAGUGUGGUCUGGAGAUGUACUUCUCUGUGGACAAGGAGAUCCUGGGGGAGGUCACGACCCACGAGCUGAAGCCGGACGGAGGCAAUGUUCUGGUCACCGAGGAAAACAAAGAGGAAUACAUCCGGCUAGUGGCAGAGUGGAGGUUGUCCAGGGGUGUGGAGGAGCAGACCCAGGCCUUUCUUGAGGGUUUCAACGAGGUCCUCCCCCAACAGUACCUGCAGUACUUCGACGCAAAAGAGCUGGAGGUGAUGCUGUGCGGCAUGCAGGAGAUAGACCUGGUGGACUGGCAGAGACACACCAUCUACAGACACUACGCCCGCAGCAGCAGGCAAAUCCUCUGGUUCUGGCAGUUUGUGAAGGAGAUGGACAACGAGAAGCGGAUGAGGUUACUGCAGUUUGUCACCGGCACCUGUCGUCUGCCGAUGGGCGGCUUCACCGACCUCAUGGGGAGUAACGGCCCACAGAAGUUCUGCAUCGAGAAGGUGGGCAAAGAAAACUGGCUUCCAAGAAGUCACACUUGCUUUAAUCGACUAGACCUGCCCCCCUACAAGAGUUACGAGCAGCUGAAGGAGAAGCUCAUGUUUGCCAUCGAGGAGACGGAGGGUUUCGGACAGGAGUAGGAGUAGUAACCCCAUCAGGAGUGCUUCUCUGCACCAUGUUACAACAGCAGCACUUUGCUCCGUCUAGGUUUCAGGCAACAGCCCCUUUUGCCUCGCAGGGUCCCUGCUAUAGGCAGAAACUGACAGACACGCCCCUUUUCCCUCCCAGGGUCCCUGCUAUAGGCAGAAACUGACAGACAUGCCCCUUUUCCCUCCCAGGGUCCCUGCUAUAGGCAGACACUGACAGACACGCCCCUUCUCCCUCCCAGGGUCCCUGCUACAGGCAGACACUGACAGACACGCCCCUUCUCCCUCCCAGGGUCCCUGCUACAGGCAGACACUGACAGACACGCCCCUUCUCCCUCCCAGGGUCCCUGCUACAGGCAGACACUGACAGACAUGCCCCUUUUCCUUCCCAGGGUCCCUGCUACAGGCAGACACGGACAGUCACACCCCUUUUCCCUCGCAGGGUCCCUGCUAUGGGCAGACACGGACAGACACGCCCCUUUUCCCUCCCAGGGUCCCAGCUAUGGGCAGACACUGACAGACACACCCCUUUCUGCAGGCCACAUUACAGAAACGCACCACCUAGGUUGGAGGCCCUGUUACUUUCUCUCCAUGGUGACGACCCUCAGCUACUAACUGAUUCACCUUUGACCCCCCCACCCCCGACCUGCGUGACACAGUUACAGCUUGCCUUAUUGAGCCCAGACAUAUUUCCGGAUGGGGUGGAGGGAGGGGGAGAGGAGGGGACGUUCCCCUCCCGAAGUCCUAUCUGUCUGUCUCUGUCCGUCUGUCUCUGUCUGUCUCUGUCCGACUGUCCACUCAACCAGACAGUAGUUAGUAAUCACAGAGGACUGUUUACUAUGCAGCACAGGGUCAGCAGCUUAGUGCGUCCCCCCUCGGUGUCCCAGACCCCAGGCCGGCCAGUGUCAGAAUGGAUGAAGGAAUGCUGGGACGGUGUGCUUCCUACUCAACCAGGAAGACACUGACCUCCUGUCUGCGUGACAUCUACAGUAUUUCACUUGAUUUAACGUGUUGCUUUUGAGAGGACAUCUGAAACGUUAAGGCAUUGGGUUGUGGCAGCAAGGUUUCUGUGAAUGUUAUGAGGAAAAGCUAUAUUUUUAAUGUGCAAUAGUUUUCUAGUCAGAUGUUUAUUCCCUUUAUAUAGAUAAACCAGACAUUAUUUUAACACAGUCCAAGUUUUUUUGUUUUUAAAAUGUUUUCCGGUCUAGAUAGUAAUAUGAAGACUGCUUUAUUAUGGCCUAAAUUCCUCAAACCAGGGUUCUAUUCAGCAGGUACCAAAUGAAGGAAAAUCGACAGAAUUGUAUCCAGUAGUGCCCACAUUAUUUUUGUUUUCAUGUUUAAGUGGUUUGAUUGUGUGCCUACUGAACAGAACCCAGUUUUGAAGUUUAAUUUGACAGAUUUGGGAUCAGGACAGCAUGACCUGUUUGAAUCAUGGGUUAAAAUAUCUAAUUGAAAUAAUUUCCAUUGUUAUUGAAAGCCAAACGAGUUGCUAAUGGUGUGGGUGUGUCAACAGAAGGUUAACAUUUGAAUAACCAAAAUGGAAAGAGGACGCUUGGGAAGUUUACUCCCACUGACGAGCAUCAUUUGACUGUUUAUUCUGUGAUCAGAAAUGAAGGGUUAAGGGAUAUGUUAAAUAUUGCCUGCGCCGUGUCUUGGCAAUGUCAGAGUUGGGCUUGGGUUCUGUUUAAGUUCUCUGAGUGUUGUCCGUGAAUCUCCCACUGCCUCCUGUCUCAAACACCUCUGACGCUUCCAAAGCAAUCUCCUGGCCCAGGUUACCUUGGCUUGAUUUAAUUUACUCUAGAUCCAGGUGUCCUAACAUGUAGAUUGUAAUGGAUGCUCAGCAUGUGUGCAUUCACAAAUAACCCCACGCACUUGACUGUUUUUUUAACCCGGGUAAUUAGGAUUACGUAUGACUAAAACCUGAUGUAGCAGUGUUCUGGGGCCAUGGCACUGUAUGUUCCUGUUAGUUGAAUAAGAGGAUGUUAAGAAUUACGGUAACACAUAGUAGGUAACUUUAAAUCAAAUAUCAAGGCAGCCCUAGUUUUAUAGGGUUCAGUUUUGAUUUUUAGAUUAUUCUUUAUUUUUUUUUAUGUUGGUGUAACCUAACAGUGCAUCAUCUGUCCCAAUUUUAGAUUUUGGCUGAAUUGUCAACUGCUGCACUGAGUCUCACAACAAAACAACUGUGAAUCAAAAGUAACAUCCUAACCGCGCCAGUGCAAAAAAAACUAAUUCUCAGCGCUGUGUUUUAGAAAAACAAUGUUUUGGGUUAAGGCAAAAUGUUUUGCUUGAAAUCAAGACGUCAAACAAGCAGAGUAACUUGAAAACAACUAAUGUAAAUGUUAAUUUCAGACCUAACGAUAGUGCAGAAAUGCAAGGCUUUUUAUAGAGGGCAUGCCACCAACAUGUUGUCCAUGAGGCACCAAGCAGAAUAAAAUGGACUGAAACAGGAGGAACUACCCAAACUAAUUUCCCCAUUGCGAGAUAUUGCUAAACAUUUUCCGUCACAUUGAACACAUCUGACCUUUUGUGACCUCUGCUUUUCAGACAUAUCUUUUACUACAGGAACCUCGUUAGCUUUUCUUCACAGGAACCGAGGCAGUAUACUAUAUAAUGAAAAUGUACUGAGUGGACCUUUUCUUCAUGAAAUGUUUAGGUCACCAAUGUGGAUUUGCCAAUCGAAUCCAACAUGCACGUGACGUACAUAAGCACCUUGUCGUGAGUGACUGAAAUUUGAACGCGCCGAACAUCAACUGACAACACAUCUUAUAAUCAACUUUAGUGCAUGUUAAUUGCAGCCUAGGGAAGGGACUCCUUUAACUCAUUUAAUGACAAACACCUGUUUUUACUAUUUUUCUGUGUCCAAAUCUAUGAACUGUAUGACUGGGCUCUGCUUUCUUCCUUUUAAAGAAAAAGAAAAAGAACAGGGUGAAUUUUCAGGGUGAUUCUGUGUCUCAUUUCUUGUGAAUUAUUUGCCCCUCUGAUUCCGUCUCAUCUGAGGGUAUUGCGCUGCCUUCUGAAGAGACGGCAUCAUUUGCAAAUUAAAUGUAGGAAAUAUGGAAUAGUUAACAAAUGAUGAGAUGGCACCUUAGUUGGCUGAUUAACCACUUUAAAUUGUUGUUAGAUUUUUCAGAGUAUUGCCAUGUUCUCAGAUAAUAAUGAGGAAUAACAUUUAUGGACAUAUGCAGGUGUUAACUAUUACUCUGACUUCUAAUGAUUGAAUUGUAAAUCAUGUUUAUAGUGUAUUCACUGUAUUUUUUUUCUAAAAGCUCUCUAACCUUUUAAUAAAUGGGAGUUACUGGUUGGAAACUAUUUAUUUAUUUCUUAUGUGAAUGUGAAGAGAGAGGAUCCUUGUUAUGUAAAAAAAGAAAUGUCAAAAUUAAUUUAGAAAGUUGUGAAAUUAAACCAUGGGCUACUGGAA